GGGAGUAGAGCAGAAGUAGCUACAUCUGAGGCUGAGGGGGAAAUCGUUCACAUCGCCGAAUCAAACGGAGGAAAAAUCCACCUGAGAAUCAUUUUGACAUCAUGGAGCAGAAACAAACCAUCAACUUUGGCGCUGGACCCGCAAAACUCCCUCAAUCCGUGCUGCUUCAAGCACAGAAGGAGCUCCUCAACUACAGCGGCAUUGGAAUCAGCGUGCUCGAGAUGAGUCACCGAUCGGCGGACUUCAACAGAAUCAUGGACAAAACAGAGGGUCUCCUGCGAGAGCUGUUAAACAUCCCAGACAACUACAAGGUGAUGUUCCUGCAGGGCGGGGGGUCUGGACAGUUCAGCGGUGUUCCUCUCAACCUGAUUGGUCUUAAAGAGGACAGGUGUGCCGACUACCUGGUGACCGGCACAUGGUCAGCAAAAGCAGCCAAAGAAGCAGAAAAAUAUGGCAAAGUCAACAUCGUGCACCCAAAGCUGGAUAGUUACACAAAAAUUCCCGACGCCAGCAGCUGGACCCUGAACCCCUCAGCCUCCUAUGUGUACUACUGCUGCAACGAGACGGUCCACGGCGUGGAGUACAACUUCACACCGGAAACUAACGGGGUGAUCCUCGUCAGCGACAUGUCCUCCAACUUCCUGUCUCGUCCCGUGGAUGUGUCAAAGUUCGGUCUGAUCUUCGCCGGGGCUCAGAAGAACGUGGGCUGUGCUGGAGUAACUGUGGUCAUCGUGCGAGAGGACUUGUUAGGCCACGCUCUGAAAGAGUGUCCCAUUGUCCUGGACUACAAGGUGCAGGCUGAAAACAACUCUCUCUACAACACACCGCCAUGUUUCAGUAUCUACAUCAUGGCUCUGGUUCUGGACUGGAUUAAGAACAAUGGCGGCAGCGCUGCCAUGGAGUCGCUCAACAAGCAGAAGUCCUCCAUGAUUUAUGACAUCAUCAACGGCUCUAAUGGUUUCUACGCGUGUCCUGUGGACAUGACGUGUCAAAGCCGCAUGAAUGUCCCAUUUCGUGUGGGGAAGAAAGAGGGAGAUGAAGCUUUGGAAAAGGAAUUUCUGGCCGGCGCGUCCAAACUUGGAAUGAUAUCCCUGAAAGGACACAGGUCAGUCGGAGGGAUCCGUGCGUCCCUGUACAAUGCUGUAACUCUGGAGGACACUAAAGCGCUGGCUGGCUAUAUGAAAGAAUUCAUGAAAGAGCACCAAUAAAACAGGCCAGUGGAAAAGACAGCUGAUAUCACACAUCAGCAUUUCAUCACUCCAGUAGUUUUAAAAAAAGUCAGCUUUAUGUUUAGCUGAGAUCCAGAAGUUGCACCUUUAGACCUUCAAGUUUUUGUAAAACCCAACAUUGUUCCUCAUCGGCUUUAACCACUACAGUCGCCAGUAAUGUCUUAAUUACAUCUGUGUUUCAUAGAAUCACUAUUUUAAAGAGUUUGUUGACUAACAGUGCUUUGAUGUACAUACUGUAGGUAAGUCUUGUUACUUGUUUGAAAUAUAUUUACAUUCCAGUAAAUCUAAUUUGGCAAUAUUUA